UGGAGAGACUCACUCAACUCACUUGGUUGGUCCCCGCCUCUUUCGUAAUUUAUGAAUUCUUUUUGAGUUUUCCUCUUCCUCUUGGCGCGAAAUCACGACGUUAGGGUUAGGGUUCCGAUGGGGAGCAAAGUCUCCGACCACCACCUAUCCACCGUCCGAUCCAUCGUCGGUCCCGAAUUCACCGACAUGGAAAUCAUCAGAGCCCUACACAUGGCCAAAAACGACGUCACCGCCGCCAUCAACAUCAUCUUCGACACCCAAACCCACACCCCCAAAUCCAAACCCACCCGCUCCACCGCCACCAAACCGCGACGAGUUUCUCCUCCUAAAUCAACCCCUAACGCUGUCGCCGCCAUCACCGACAUCGACGGAGGAGCUAGCAGUAGCUGCCCUGUUGGGCCCGACGAUUGGUGGUUUGUGGGUUGCGGUGAAGUGGCAGGGUUGUCGACUUGUAAAGGGAGAACUGUGAAAUCAGGUGAUGCAGUGGUUUUCAGGUUUCCCAACAAGAAGCCCUCUGCUUCGCCCUCUACGGCUAAAGGGUUCGGACGUGCCGCCGCAACUUGUACGGAGAUUGUUCGAUUUUCGACUGAGCCAGCUGGAGAGAUUGGUAGAAUACCAAACGAAUGGGCUCGGUGUCUCUUGCCUCUUGUGCGGGAUAAUAAGGUUAAGGUUGAAGGGCUAUGUAAAUUUGCGCCUGAUGUUUUGGGCAUCAUGGACACCAUUGCUUUGUCGGUCAGUGUCUUCAUCAAUAGGUCAAUGUUUGUUAAGCGUCACCAGGUUUCUCUCAAGGAUGCUACCAGUUCCACAGAUGAAUCAGUGUUUCAUCCUCUUCCAACCCUGUUUCGGUUGCUUGGCCUUAGCCCUUUUAAGAAGGCAGAGUUAACUCCUGGUGACUUCUGUACCAACAAGCGUCCUUUCAGCCAAAAGGUCACAUUACCCCAUGCCAAGACUGAGCGUCCUUCUCAAAAUGGUGAUGAGAAUGAAAAUGAUGAUUCCAUUUCUGAAGUUGAUCUUGAAAACAUUGUUGGUGUCGGAUCAGGCUCAGAGUUAGAGGAAAUGGAUCCCCCUGGAAAUCUUCUAUGUGAAUUGCGGCCCUAUCAAAAGCAGGCACUUUAUUGGAUGAUCCAGAUGGAGAAGGGACGAUCUGUAGAUGAGACAGAUACAACUCUUCAUCCAUGUUGGGAUGCAUAUCGCCUGGCUGACAAGAGGGAGCUUGUUAUUUAUUUGAAUGCAUUUUCUGGUGAAGCUACAAUAGAAUUUCCUAGCACCCUUCAAAUGGCCAAAGGAGGAAUUUUGGCAGAUGCUAUGGGGCUUGGAAAGACCAUCAUGACCAUAUCCCUUCUUGUUGCCCAUUCAGGAAGGGGUGGAUCAUUAGGCAGUCAAGCGAUGACUCAGUCCUUCAUUGAAGGUGGUGAGGUUAGUGAUACAGUGGACAAUUUUUCUCACAUACCGAAGAAAGCAUCCAAAUUUACUGGUUUUGAUAAAAUCAUAAAGCAAAAGAAUGCUCUAACAAGUGGAUGCAGCUUGAUAAUAUGUCCCAUGACUCUUCUCGGGCAGUGGAAGGUAGAGAUUGAAACUCAUGUCAGUCCUGGGUCUCUUUCUCUAUAUGUUCAUUAUGGACAAAGUAGGCCAAGAGAUGCAAAAAGUCUGGCCCAAAGUGAUGUUGUAAUUACAACAUAUGGAGUUUUGGCUUCUGAAUUUUCCAAUGAGAAUGCAGAGAAUAGUGGUGGACUCUUCUCUAUUCGGUGGUUUAGAGUGGUCCUUGAUGAGGCACAUACUAUAAAAUCUUCUAAAAGCCAAGUUUCUAUGGCAGCUGCUGCUCUAAUUGCUGACAAACGUUGGUGUCUUACUGGGACUCCUAUCCAGAACAACCUGGAGGAUAUUUACAGUCUUCUUCGGUUUCUGAGAAUAGAGCCUUGGGGUCAUUGGGCCUGGUGGAACAGACUAAUUCAGAAACCUUUUGAGGGUGGCGAUGAGAGAGGGUUGAAGUUAGUUCAGUCCAUUUUGAAGCCAAUCAUGUUGAGGAGAACCAAAAAUAGCACAGAUCGAGAGGGAAAACCUAUCCUAGUUCUUCCUCCAGCGGAUAUGCAGAUAAUUUACUGUGAACCCACAGACGCUGAAAAGGACUUUUAUGAGGCCCUAUUUAAAAGAUCUAAGGUAAAGUUCGACCAGUUUGUUGAACAAGGGCGCGUUCUUCAUAAUUAUGCUUCCAUACUAGAGUUACUUUUACGCCUUCGGCAAUGUUGUGAUCAUCCAUUUCUUGUAAUGAGUCGGGGUGAUACUCAAGAAUUUACUGAUCUAAACAAACUAGCUAGGCGCUUCCUUAAAGGAACCUCUAAUGCUUCAGAAGGUGAAACCAAAAAUGCGCCCUCACGGGCUUAUGUUCAAGAAGUUGUGGAAGAGCUACGUAAAGGGGAGCAGGGAGAAUGUCCAAUAUGUCUUGAAUCAUUUGAAGAUUCAGUGUUAACGCCUUGUGCUCACCGUUUAUGCCGGGAAUGCCUCUUGGCAAGUUGGCGGAGUUCUACUUCUGGUUUAUGUCCUGUUUGUAGGAAAAUAAUCAGCAAGCAGGAUCUCAUCACUGCCCCUACUGAGAGUCGGUUUCAGGUUGAUAUUGAGAAGAACUGGGUAGAGUCAUGCAAGGUAACUGUUCUUUUGAAUGAACUUAAAAGUCUCUGCUCAUCAGGCUCCAAGAGCAUUGUUUUCAGCCAGUGGACUGCUUUUCUUGACCUCUUGCAGACCCCCUUUACUCGGAACAACAUUUCAUUUGUUCGUCUUGAUGGGACUUUGAAUCAGCAGCAGCGGGAAAAAGUAAUCAAAAAAUUCUCAGAAGACAGCGACACCAUGGUGUUAUUGAUGUCUCUAAAAGCUGGAGGAGUGGGUAUAAACCUAACAGCUGCUUCCAAUGCUUUUGUGAUGGACCCAUGGUGGAAUCCGGCUGUUGAGGAACAAGCUGUUAUGCGUAUUCAUCGCAUUGGACAAACAGAGAAGGUGGCCAUCAAACGGUUUAUUGUGAAGGGGACAGUUGAGGAGAGAAUGGAAGCAGUAAAAGCACGUAAACAACGAAUGAUUUCUGGUGCCUUGACCGAUCAAGAAGUUCGAACUGCACGGAUUGAGGAGUUGAAGAUGCUUUUUACUUAAACCACUGUACUAGUGCAGGCACUGUUUGCUGUUAGAUGCAUCAUGUCUCUUUCGCCAAUUUCAAUUUUGCAUCCCAUGGCUUUCCUUUGGUAAGUGCCCGUGAUUCCAAUUCCAAGAUAGUUGUGAAUCAUAAUAUAAAGGUGCUUCGUAGGUGGCACUUGAGCCAGGGAGCUCUCUCUUGGUUUGUUACUGAUGCAGGGAGAUCAAGUUUUGUGGACACUCUUGAUCAACAUCAUGCUUGAAUAAGGCAGUUUGAAAGGGAAGUGAAAGUUAGGUGAAGAUCUUUGAUUUCAUUGGGGUAAAUAAUGGUGCAGUUAUGCCAUGUUUGGGAGCAGGGAAAACAGUGGAAAUGAGAGGAGUGGACGGGGACUUAUUUCCCGUUGUUUUGAUGUUUAAGUUAAAAAAUAAGGGAACUCCCUUCUCCUUGUUUUGGGACUUGAAAAUAGAGGUUGAGUAUAUAAUUCAAUAACUAUUUAGUUGAAAUUGCUUGGAGGGGAAGAAUUCUUGAGUAUUGAAGUAGCAUAAGAGAAGUAUUCCAUCCUAAUCUUCCCGUUUGGGCAUGUCUCCUCAUCUGUUUCCCUUUAUAUUCAUCCUGACAAUACAUUGUAAUUAGGGUUCACUGAUUAUAAAUUUUAGUUUACACUGCUUAAACGAUCUAGUCAUGGAACUUUUAGAAUCCACUGUACAUUACAUGUAAUGUUUACUUGUAACGAUCACCACCAUUUCAUGAAAUGCCCUAUGUGGUUUAUAUUGUGGCUCA